AAAUGUCAUCAACGAGGGUGGAGGAAUACCUGGGCCAGGGUCCAUGAUGAAAGGAAGACUCCAGGCAACCCUGAUGAGACUAGGCACCCUUUGGGACUGCAGAUAUCGACUGUGGGCGUGGCGGGUGGGCGGCUGCGGCAGCCAAUCAGAGAGCAGCCUGUUCACCACCAGAUCGGGCCACGCCUCCAACCCCUGGGUCGUAAAUCAGUCCAGGAAAUCCUUCUGCCAGGAUGGACGGAAAAGAGCGGGAGUGCAGAGUAUGCGGAGACCGAGCUAGUGGGAAACACUAUGGAGUUCCCAGCUGCGACGGCUGUAGGGGUUUCUUCAAGAGAAGUAUACGCAGGAACUUGGACUAUGUUUGCAAAGAGAACGGAAGGUGUGUAGUUGACGUACCGAGGAGAAAUCAAUGCCAGGCUUGCAGGUUCCGGAAAUGUCUUCAAGUAAAAAUGAAGAAAGAUGCAGUUCAGCACGAGCGCUCGCCAAGAAGCAGCACUAGCGCUGUAUCGUCGGGUAGUGGACAGAUCGGGUACCAGCUGCCCCUCUACCCCCAGUACUUGCCGCCGCCUACGACCUAUUUCCCUCCUCCACCAAUACCCAUAGGACUAGGCAGCUACCUUCGCAGCUACAUUAGACAAGAGAAAGAGGAUGAAGUCAGCUCGUCUCAAGAGCCCACUACAUCCCAAGACACGGGGUUUAAGUCCAUGUUUUGCUGCCCAGAUUUGCUGCCCCUCAACCUCCUGUCCGGUGAAGAUGUCUGCAGUUCCGCCAGUAAACUUCUUCAGUUGACUGUUCGUUGCGCCAGGGCGAUACCCUCUUUCCAACAGCUAGGUAGUGAAGUUCAAACGUUACUAUUAGAAGACUCCUGGAAGGAUCUAUUUGUCCUGACGGUUGCUCAGUGGUCACUUCCCAUUGAACUUGGACGAUCUCUUGAGGAAAGCGACGAGGACUUGCGAGAGAGGCUGUGCCUGAAGAGGGUCACAGAAAGAACUUCCUCACUCAGACCUGACCAUACAGAGUUCGCUUGCCUCAAGGCCCUGGCUCUGUUUACUCCCAACUUGGUGGAGACGACGGAGGUGAGCAUGCUGCAAGAACAGACACUGAGGCUGCUGAGGGAGUACAGCGGCGUGGCCAGGGGGGAGGCCCUCAUAACAGCGCUCAUGUCCAUCGCCAGGCUGGCCAAGCCCACGGUCCUCAGGGUCUUCUUCAAGGACGUGUCGUCCCAGAGGUUGGCAGCACUGCUGCAGUCCUGA